AUGGGCCACCUCGAAUCUCAUCUCCUCCUCCUCUCUCCCUCGCUGAAGCCCAACGCGGCAGGGCAGGCCUUACCUCAGAAUCUAGAGCAUUUCAGGCUGGUUGGGUGUGAAUUGCCGGCAAAGCCCUCGUCGUCAUCGUCUAUCAGUCGGCGGCUGCGGGCGUUCGCUUCGCUCAUCGUUUUUUCCGCCAUCUUCCUCGUCGUGUUUCUUUUCAACUUUACCUUUAUCGCGUCCAGCGUAUCCCCGUUAGUGAACUUCCUCGAUAAAGCCACGGAUUUAGAGGGCCCCGAGAAGGCCGGCGCGUCGUAUUUAGGCAACGUGUUGGUGGAGUAUGGUCGGAAGAAACAGCUGUCGUCGCAACAGCCGGAGAACCACCCUCUUGCACAGCAGCAACAGCAACCGCAGCGGCGGUCGUGGAGAAAGCCGCCUGGAAAGAUCGCGUUUCUGUUCAUGACACGUGGCCCUCUUCCGCUCGCCCCGCUGUGGGAGAAGUUCUUCAAGGGCCACGAGGGGCGCUACUCCAUCUACAUCCACGCGGCGGACCUCUCCUUCCGCUUCCCGCGCAACUUCUCCGCGCUCUUCCGCGACCGCAUCAUCAAAAGCGGCGAGGUGUCAUGGGGUGAGAUGUCCAUGGUGGACGCGGAGCGGCGGCUGCUGGCGGCGGCUCUCAAGGAGCGAACCAACCACUACUUCGUGCUGCUGUCCGAGGCGUGCAUACCCCUGUGGGACUUCGACACAAUAGCCACCUACAUCAAUUCAACCGCCGUCUCAUACGUUGACGCGUACCACGACCCGUACAACAAGUCGUUUGAGCGCUAUCUGUGGCACAUCUACAUGCCCAUUAUACGGCGACGGGACUUCGUUAAAGGCAACCAGUGGUUCAUCCUGCAGCGGCGACAUGCACAGAUGGUGGUGUCGGACAAGGAGCACUACGAUGUGCACAACCGCACGUGCUCUUUUCGGAUGCAGUGGGGGCGCUACUGCUGUGCUGAUGAGCAUUACAUUCAGACGCUGCUGCAUGUAAAGGACCGCCGAGGCAUAUCGCACUACCCCACCACCUUCACGGACUGGCGGCUCAACCAGUACCAUCCCAUGCUGUACCACCGCCAGAACAUCACUGCCAAAAUGAUCAAUUACAUGAAGACAACACAACAAUACAUCCAAUUUCGGUCCUUCUGGCGGGAGUUCAAGAGUAACUUCACUUACGUGAGUUGCAGUCAGUACACUUGA